AUGUCAAACAUUAAGUAUAUUUACCUUAAAAAAAUACACAAAGUGCCAACGAGUAUUACUAAUUAUUAUAACCUCGUUGAUACCAUCAGGAAUACUUACAAAUAACUGCAAGACAUUUAUCUAUUUGCAAUAAUUAAUCCAUGUAUAUUUUUAAACGCACAAUCGUAGAAAAUCCCGAAGCACUAACAGAAAUCAAUUCGGAUGUCACCUUUCAAUAGUUAAAACUAAUCUAUCAUCAACUAGGAUGGCCGUCCAUUAAAUUGCUAGUAACAGAAAAUAAGAAUUACGAAGAGGCUUUAAAGGAUUCUUGGAAUUUAUUGAAUCAAAGCAUUGUGAUGACUGAGAAGAAGAAUCAAGAUGCUUCAACCUUAACCCAACCUAGUAAACAAGAUCAGGGGCAAUAAAUGGUACCAUUUUUUGACAAUAUGGGGUAACUGCUUUAAAUUAUAAAAAAUAGAACUCAAGUGAAGGUUCAAUAAAUUGAUAAUGGUUAAAAUACGAAUAAAUUUGAUUUUCAAAAUAAUGAAUAAUUACAAUAACUCAUUGAUGAAAUUAUUGAUCAAAAACUAAAAGAAUUAGGUUUAUUAAAGGAUGAGGAUAAAUUUAAUCCAAAUGAUUAUAAAUUUUAGAUUUUUACUAAAAUUCCCAUUUUUACAGCCAUUCCAUAAAAGAAAAUUAAUGUAGAUUUGAAAUUAAAAAAUACUGGUACUAAGAAUUGGAUUAAUCCACAUAUAAUAAAUAAAGAAUUAAACAUCAAUUAGAAAUUUAAGGAUCUUGCUCCAGGUAGCGUUUUCUCAGUUAAAAUUUAAAUCCCAUACAUGGUUCAACAUUUUAUAAAUAAUGCUUAAUAUAAUUAUAUUUUCGAAGUAAAUUAUCAAUCCUAAAAAUAGAUCUGUGUUUAAAAUGAGAAAGGCGUGUAGUAUACAAUAAAUGGGCAAAUUCCAAUAAGAGUGAAGGCUCCAGCCAAAAAUUAAUUGUCGCCUUAGGAAGAGAAGAUCUUUAAAUUAUUGGAACUUUUCCCAUAAAAAGGGGAUGAAUAUAUAGUUAAAUUCGUUGCCGAACAUGGAAAAUAUAAAAAUGCUGAUUAAUUGAUUGAUGAAUUAUUAUAGUAAAAUUUAUGA